UUCCGCUGAAAAGGUGAACAUCGAGCAGGCAGACCCCAGCAUUUUUGUACCUUUUAUUACAUUUCCCUUUUUUGUUGUUCUUUCUCAACCGUGAACAUUCUGACACCCAACGUGGACUAAACAUCACAGUUUAUGGCGGUCCCAUCCCAGUGCACUUUGAAAGCUUCCCUCUCGCGAGAUUAGCUCCUUAGCUGCUAACAAAGAGACGCGGAAGUUCGAAUGACAUGCUAGGUGUUGUUGUUCUGCGCAGAAGAUCUUGAGAGCGUUGGUGAAUGAGCGACUGAGUGCUGCUGAUGAGGGAAUAUUUGUAAAAAGAACUUUGUCGGGUAAGAAAGAGUAGAACGAGCGACAACGUCGACAACCGAACACUGUUUUCAAGCACUAAAUGGACUCACACGGAGCAGACGUCAGUGACGGAGAUCUUCCUGCUGAGCAGCAGGAGUGGAGCGCCAGGGUGGAGCAGGAGGAGCCACAGCCCCCCAACGUUAAAGAGGAGGAUGACGAGGAGGGAGCGCCUGUGCCAGCCCGCAUUAAAGAGGAAGAGGAGGAGCACAGCAUCAGUCAGGAGGAGGAGCGGGAAGUGGCUGACAUAAGCAAGUUUCCAGUGAUUUGUGUGAUUGUGAAGAGUGAAGACGAUGAGGACAAAGGUCACGGGUCACAGCUUGGUUAUUGCGAACGCGAGGAGGCGGAACUGCCGAGCAGCAGCUCAAGUCGACGCUUGACAACAGAAGCUGGCUGCGGAGGACGAGAAGCAGACAGCCUCCUUGCGCCACUGUCGGACAGCGACGACACGACGUCGCACUCUCCAGACACCGAUGAUGAAGACUCGAAAGCUGAUGUGACGGGUCUCCCGUUCGUCUGUUCAUUUUGCGGUAAAAGAUUCUCUCAAAAAGGCAAUUUGAUAACACACACAAGAACGCACACUGGAGAUAAACCGUUCAGCUGCUCCGUUUGCGGCGAAAAAUUCACUCAAAAAGGCAACUUGAUGAGACACACAAGAAAGCAUGUCGAUGAGAAACCAUUUUCCUGCUCCGUUUGUGGCAAACGAUUCACUCAAAAAGGUAAUUUGAUGACACAUGCGAGAAAACACAAUGGUGAGAAACCAUUCUCCUGCUCGGUUUGCGGCAAAAGCUUUUCCGUCAAGGGGAACUUGAACGCACACACAAGAACGCACACUGGUGAGAAACCAUUCAGCUGUGCAGUUUGCGGUGAAAGGUUCUCUCAGAAAGGCAAUCUGAUGGCACACGAAAGAAAACACAACGGUGAAAAACCCUUCAGCUGUUCAUUUUGUGGCAAAACAUUUCCUGUAAAGGGGAACUUGUUAACACACAUAAGAACACACACCGGGGACAAACCGUUCUCAUGUUCGUUCUGUAACAAAAGGUUUUCUGCAAAGGACAGUUUAAAAGCACACAUAACAAUACACACGGGAGAGAAACCAUUUGCCUGCUUGGUUUGCGGUAAAACCUUCCCUCUGAGAGGAAAGUUGAUGAAGCACACGCGAACGCACACCGGGGAGCAGCCCUUUUCCUGCUCCGUCUGCGGCAAGAGAUUCUCCGUCAAGAGAAGUUUGGAAGCGCACACGACAACGCACACUGGUGAGAAACCAUUCAGCUGCAACGUAUGCAAUAAAAGGUUCUCCUACAAGUAUGACAUCACCAGACACAAGUGUGCCGGUGAGAAGAGCAGCACGGCAUCCAAGUGUUUAGCGUUGGCUGCCCCCUACUGGAGCGGAGCACCUGCACCCGCAGAGAGACAACUUGACGUCGGUGAAGAAGAUCUUCCCCCUGAGCAGCUGGCCUGGAGCUCCACGAUGGAGGAGGAAGAGCCGCAUUCCGUUAAAGAGGAAGAGGAGGCGCAAAUGUGGACUCGGGAAGGUGCUGACAUCUGCAACUUUCCAGUGAUUCGAGUUAUUGUGAAGAGUGAAGACGAUGAAGACGAAGCUCCAAGCACAUCCGCUAUUCACAUCACUUCCGCCAAGUCGAUGUCGAGCACUCAGACGCUGGAUGUCCGUGAAGAAGAUCUUCCCACUGAGCAGCAAGAGUGGAGCUCAAGGGAGGAGCAAGAGGAGCCAGAGCCCCCCAACAUUAAAGAGGAGGCGGAGGAGCCACAGCCGCCCUACUUUAAGGAGGAGGAGCCGCAGCCUCCCUACAUUAAGGAAGAAGAGGAGGAGCACAGCAUCAGUCAGGAGGAGGCCAACAUCAGCAAGUUCCCAGUGAUUGUCAAGGGUGAAGAUGAUGGAGAUGAAGGUCAGUGGCCACGGCGUGAUCGCAGUCAAAGGAACGAGAAGAGCGGACCAGAAGCAGACAGCCUCUUAGCUCCGCUGUCAGACAGUGACGACAUGACGUCGCGCUCUCCUGACUCUGACGACGAAGACUCCAAAGCUCAUACAGCGCGUCGCGCCGACGGCAGACACCUUAAACGCUCGCACGCAGGAAAAAAAACAUUCGGCUGCUCGUUUUGCAGUAAAGCAUUUCUUCGAAAGGCACAUUUGCUGGCUCACACGAGAACACACACCGGUGAGAAACCGUUCUGCUGCCCGUUUUGUGGCAAACCGUUCUCGGAAAGGGCACAUUUGAUAGCGCACACGCGAACGCACACGGGAGAAAAGCCCUUCCUCUGCGCAUUUUGUGAUAAAAGAUUCUCCACGAAGGGACAGUUGAUCUCACACACCAGAACACACACUGGAGAGAAACCCUUCUCCUGCUCGGUCUGCGGCACGGACUUCAGCGAUAGCUCGGCGUUGGCUCGGCACACGAGAACGCACACGGACGUCAGUGAAGGAGAUCUUGCCCCCGAGCAGCAGGAGUGGAGCUCCGGAGUGGAGCAGCAGGAGCCAUGGCACCCCCGCAUGAAAGAGGAAGAGGAGGAGCGCAUGCGGACUCAGGAGGAGACUGACAUGAGAAAGUUUCCAGUGACUUGUGUGAUUGUGAAGGGUGAAGAUGAGGGAGGCUGUAAAGGUGACAUGACCUGUCUCAGUGACAACAAACACUUCAAAUGUUCCGAGUGUGACAAACCGUUUGGCGACAAGAGACAUUUAAAACGACACAUGAGAUGUCAUACAGAGGAAAAACCCUUCAGCUGCUCUUUUUGCGGUAAAAGAUUUCCUCGUAAUGAACAUUUGAUAUCACACACGAGAAUACACACGGGUGAGAAACCUUUUUCAUGUUCGGUCUGCGCUCAAACCUUCUCGCAUAAAUCCAACUUGACCACACACAUGCGAAGGCACACCGGGGAGAAACCUUUUUCCUGCUCAGUUUGCGACGAAAGAUUCUCGAGAAAAAUCAGCCUGGCGAUACACACAAAAACUCACACCGGGGAGAAGCCCUUCAGCUGCUCGUAUUGCGCUAAAAUGUUCUCUUUAAAGGAACAUUUGGUCACGCACACAAGAACGCACACGGGGGAAAAACCGUUUUCCUGCUCGGUCUGCAACACGAGCUUCGGCGACCGUUCGGCGUUGGCUCGACACACGCGGACACACACCGGCGAGAAGCCUUAUACCUGCUCAGUUUGUGGUAAGAAGUUCUCUCUGAAGGCGUAUUUGGUGGAGCACGCGGGGACACACACGGGAGAGAAACCCUUUUCAUGUUCAGUCUGCAACACGAGUUUCAGUUUUCGUUCAGCACUGGUUCGACACGCGAGGACACACGCUGCCGAGAAACCAUUCGGCUGCAAGGCGUGCGAUAAGAAAUUCUCUGAUAAGAAGCGGCUAAACAAACACAAGUGCGCCGGUGAGCGGAGCAUCAGCGCAUGAAAUCCAAUUUAUUACAGUCGAUGUGAACACAACAGGGCCAGACCUGGAAGAUCUGGGAUCGAAUGCUUGAGCGUCUCUCUGUUGAGUUUGCAUCUUCUCCCCGUCCGCGUACUCCAGCUUCCUCCCACCUUCCAAAAACAUGCAUGUUAGCUUAACUGCAGACUCUAACUUGUUCAUAGGUAUGAAUGUGAGUGUGUUUGUCUAUAUGUGCCCUGCUAUUGGCUGGACACCAGUCCAGGGUGUAUCCCGCCUCUCGCCUGAAGUCAGUUGGGAUAGGCUCCAUGCCCGCGCAACCCCAGUCAGGAUAAGCGGCAGAGAAGAUAGAUGGACGGAUGGUGACAUAUCUUCGGGUACUUUUAUUGUCAUGUUUAACAUCACAGCAGGCAACACCGGCAAGCAAAGUCUGUUGUCAUGGUAACCCGAAAGCUAAUGACGGAAGCAAUGGAGAAACACUGUAAACUGUCUUGUGUGCAAACGUUCCCUUACCAUGUGCUCUGUUCCUCACAGUGAAACGUUUCACAGCCUUCCACUGGCUUCCACCUAACAGAGAGUCAAUGACAUGUCAAGUAUUUUCAUACAAAAGAUUGAGUACUCUGAUGCAGUAUGCUAAACGUGAUCUUGCACAAAUGAAAUAAACGGCAGCUUCUGGUUUGUGUCUUGUGUGGCUCCCAUCAAUUGUCGCCGUUUUUGCUGCACAGUAGAUCCCCGUCAUUUGCGGGUUAGUUCCAGGGCCACCAGCAAGUAGUGGAAAAAGGUGAGUAAUUGUGACACCCAUAAAAAUGUAUACUUUUGACACCCUAAUAAAGCCUGGGUUAUGCUGCUGGGUCGAGGCGCCACUCUAUGUUACGCUGGCUCGCUCCUGCCCCUCCAAACCCGCCUGCUAGCUCGAUGCUGACGUUCUCCCCCGAUUUUGGAUUAACAUUUGCAAUGAAUGAACAUUGCAUGAACACCGACGGCCGACACAGACAGUUUUCUCUGAGGGGGAAAAAAAGUACAGGUGGAGGUGCCUCGGGCAGCGGAGCCUUCGUCCCGACAGUCAGCGCUCACUGAGGCAUUUGUUGGGCAAACAAAACAGUGCAAAUGGUGCACACUCACAGACAUAUACAUACAGGCAACUUCUGUGUCAAGCUAAUG